CUGGCAUGGCGUCAGUGGCUGUAGCAGUUGGGGAAGUUGUGAAAUUAAAACAGUGAAGUUUUAAUGAGAGAAAUGGGUCGUUAACUGUGGAAGUUUUAUAGGUUUGAAGCUGUGAACAGAAACAGGAGGAGAACCAUGACAGCGAACGAGGAUCAAGAGAUGGAGCUGGAGGCUCUGCGCUCCAUCUAUGAAGGGGAUGAGGGUUUCAAGGAAGUCAGCCCAGUGUCAUUUCAGUUUAGGAUAGGAGACCUUGAGGACAUCAAAGCCUUCAUCCUGGACAUCACAUGGCCAGAGACGUAUCCUGAGACAGCCCCCGAAAUCUCCCUUGAUGCCUUUUUCAACAAUAGGAUCUCUGCAGAGACGAAGCAGCUGAUCCUGUCAAAGCUGGAGGAGCAGGUGGAGGCAAACCUGGGGACUGCCAUGAUGUACACCCUGUUUGAGUGGGCCAAGGAUAACCAGGAGGCACUCAUGGAGAACCAUAAACCUGUAGUGACUGCUGUGGCGUUGACAUCAAGCAGUGAUGUAACAACAACCAGCUCAACAGCCAAGAAAAGGGAGAAGAAGGAACAGCUGACAAAAGCUCAGAAGAGGAGGAUCAUCAACAGAACAGAUAACAAAGGAGAACUGCCUCGAGGCUGGAACUGGGUGGAUGUUAUUAAACAUUUGAGUAAAACAGGCGGGAAAGACAACGACUAAGCCUGAGGGCGGUGACCUGAUGCUGCUUCAUACGAGACACUGUAGUGAAGUGUGACGUCACUACAGCCUGUCGAUGCUGCCAUCUACAAGCCUUCACAUCCAACCUCACCAACAUGCUACACUUACAGUGGCCCAUCCACCCUGACAACCAAAGCAGGCUGGGUAACGGUCAACCUGAGGACACACACACACAUUCAGCUAAACUGACACUUUGAGCUGGGGAUGUAUCAGCUGUGUUUUAUGUGUUUGUGGUGUUUGUGGGAAGCAUUGGUGUGAAGAGGAGCUCAUCAUCAAGUUUUAUUGGCUCACUUUUUCCCCAGAUAGUCUGCUGUCAUCUGUCAGGGUGGAGCAUGUCUGAGAUACUCACUGCCAUGAUUUCACUCAGCGAGGUUCAGCCCAGCUCUCAGGCUCUGAGCCAUAAGUGUUGGAUUGUGGUUCUAAAUGGAGCAGCAGCAGUCGAGCAGCAUCCUGCUGUUAUUCUGAAGUGUCGUGUUACUUUGUGAAAGCAGAGAAGUUUUUAAUAACACACAACACAUUUCUUUUCUCACCUUAUUUUCAUAGAUGUUUCUUUUUCCCUAUGAUUGAAAAAGUUACAAUUUUUAUAUAUAAAUAAAACCUGAUUUGCUCUGCUUCUUGUCUAAUGAUGUCAUUGACCACUGGUCUCAUCACCUGAUGCUGCUGAUUCAUGAGAAGAACUAGUUUCUCCUACAGAAACAGUUUUGUGUAUGAAAGCAUGAGCACAUUGACAAGUCUUCAGACUCAACAUCAUUCACCAGCUCCUGUGUUCAGUUUACAGCAGUGGUGACAUUGAAGUGUCAUUUCAUUCCUCUGUAACAAAAGUGUUAUGUUAGAAAACUGUACCUGAGGCACAAAGGAAGUUGAGUGAUUUUGCCUUAAAAUAAAACUGAUGAGUGUGUUGUUCAAU